UGAAAUAUUUUUUUCUGUUUCACAAAAAUGACAAUUUUGACAUAUCAAAUGACAUAAGAAGUCAAAACAUGAAAACAACAAAAGAAAAAUAAACAUGUGAACAUCAUGGCAUUGUCGGCCACUUUAGUUGGGAGAUAAAAACAACAUUUUGAAGACAACAUUUUCAAGUCACAACAUUUUGAAAUCUCCAGUCUUAACCGUGAAUCAUGAUCGUUGCUCUUCAGACUUUGGUUUUUUUCCGUGAAUCGUUGCUGUCGGCAUUGGACGGUUUGUUACGGCCUUACUAUAGGCACUUGACUUUAGCUUUUACUCGGAGUGGGAAUGAUUUAGAGGAUGAGGAAUCUGACGACCAAGUGUUCGCGGAGUUUGACGAUGAGAAGGGUGUUAUAUUUUUCCCGCCGAUGUACGCUCAGCGGUAUGCUGCGGUCAGCGACUGGCUAAUGGAUGACCGUUGGUGCGGGAAGCUCGAGAAGGUAGUGGAUUUUGGCCACCAUGAUAUGAGUUUUGUCAAGUAUUUGAAGGAAGUUCCUGGCAUCCGAUAUAUACUUGGUGUAGAUAUUGAGACCAUUCCUCUGAGAUGUUCCUCUGAUCUACUCGGUGGUGAUGAGUAUUCUCCGAAGAGGGAGAGCCCUUUGCAAGUUACUCUCUUCCAAGGUAAUGCAGCAGAUCCAGAUUACCGUCUAAUUGGCUGUGACGCUGUUGUUGCAAUAGAGAUGAUAGAACACAUGCUGCCCCAUGACCUGGAAAGAUUGGUCCACACCGUGUUUGGCUUCAUCAAACCAUGGAUAGUCAUCUUUACUACGCCCAAUGCAGAUUUUAAUGUCUUGUUCAAAGCCUUAGAGAAGAAUGGACUCCGUCGGAUGGAUCAUUUGUUUGAGUGGACUAGAGAACAGUUUAAUGAUUGGUGCAGCAACAUAGUAGUUAGGUAUCCUAACUACACGGUGACCUGCCAAGGCAUAGGUCCUGGUCCACCGGGAACUUUGCACCACGGCUGCUGCAGCCAACUCUGUUUGUUCACUUCCAAAAACUACCAGAAGCAGGCAGAUCUAAAUAUCAAUAGUUUGGCUCUGGUUGAAAAUGCACCGACUCCCAAUAACUUUAGCGAUGUAUUUGGAUGUUGGGAAAGUUCGGUGGGUACCAGGCAAGAAGUGGAACAGGCGCCGACUGGAGCAAAACCUGAAAGUGCGGAAUCUUUAACUGAGAUAAUUUACCCGGAGAAACAGUCACACAUGACGCUUGUUAUAUCUUCAACUCUAUGCAACUCAAUGCCUUAUUCUGAUCCUACAUUCGCCAUGGAGCCUUACACUUACAAAGACCAAACUCUUCAAUGUAACCUCGAUACUGAAAUAGGAAAAAGUUUUCUAAUGUUUGACUAUGAAGAUUAUUAUCAUGUACUGGUACCAAGGAGGCGGGUCCAACAUAAAGUGUACGAAAUUGAAGAUGUCUGUAGCAGGCUGAACUGCACAACACUACAGGUAAAGAAGUUCUCGAAGACCACACAGAAUUUGAUGGCUAAAAACAAGAUAGACUCUUUAGUCCAUACCAGAGAGGUUGUCAAUGAGAUCCGACAUCUCACUAAGACCUUGAACUUCAACAAGUUCAGCCGGCCUGAAGAUGGAAGCCAUAUUUGGAAUAACAUCAACUGGGGUGACAACGCGCCAUAUUGGAACCAGUUUUAUAAAAUCGUUAGGGAAUACAUCUAUCCGUUUGAGGCGAAAUCCGACGAAGCUAGAAUGCUGGAUCUGAUAUCUGAAGAGAUCAACCGUCUGAUUGAUAUGCAGUAUGAUGAGGAGUUCUCGGUCGACGUCAACAGGCUGGAGAUUCCGUUGACUGAUCUCAUGGCGGUCGUACAUCAUAUCACUACUGAUGUCGAUAGAGUACGAGACCUCCUGGAAUGGAAUGGCUAUGAGGUCGUGAACGACGUGGUGAUUCAUUCACGCCUCGUGGUGGACAACACUUCAAUCGGCACGCAUGAUGAGGAAUGGCAGGACAAUGACACGUUAUCUGAUUGGGAUACUGACAUUCAUUCCACAUCAAUGUCAGUUGGAAGUACGAUAAUACCGGACCUCCCUGGACGUUGUCUACGUCGCGCCUUAGACCAGAAAGUGCGCAGUUUGCGAACAAUGUUAAUUGCUGAUGAAGAUAUCACAACGGAACUGGAUAGGGUGGUCUGUAGACUUAUGAGGUUAGCCCUACAAUCUAGUAGGGGGCGCCAGACACCUCCCCCGUCUAGGUGGAUGCAAUGCAAACUGCUUGAUCUCCUAACCCUCACGGAGAAGGCUAUAGAAAGGCGUAAGAAGCAGUUUAUUGAAAACUAUCCUAUCUUGGCUAUAGAGGAAGUUAAACAGCCAGAUGUUGAACUAGAUCAAGAUACUAGAAUAAAAGAAAUCGUUGAGAAAUAUCGUCAUCUCAUACAACCAAUAGAAAAAACGACGAACACGGAAGAUACAAAUGGUCAGAAUUCUGACGUAGAUAUUAUGGAAGAUGAAUUUUUAAGUACAACUAGUAACGAGUUCUUGAAAGACUAUGAAUAUGCUAAAGAUAUUUCUCCAAGUUUGGUUAUACCUCAGCCAGUAUUCAGUACGGAGAAUUUCGAAUGCACAGUGUCGCCAACUGUAGACGAGAAUCCAUUAGAAAGAACUAAAGCUUGGUUAGACGAUGAUAUUGAAGAUACUACAUUCUCCAAACAUGAAUUAAAUUACGAAAACAUAAGUUCUGGUGACACAGACCAUAGUCCUACUAAUACAAGGCAAAAGCCCAAGAAAGCAAGCAAAAGACAGAAAAUAAACAAAAGAGAUUCCAAAGAAUUUAAAGCUGAAUCAAAGUUGUCAUCUCCAAGCAAAGUUUCUUUCAAAUUUAAAAUUAAACGUGAUGAUAAACAUAAAAAGAAGAAUGGCAACACAAAGACCAUGAAGAAGACACCCAAAAAGAAGCCAAGUUAUAACACUUUGAUCAAGAAUCAGUAUUCAUCAUCUGAAUACGAUAGUUAUCCGAUUAAUAAUACGAAGAGAAAAAAUAAAGAGAAUCAGUCUUUUAAUGUGUCGGCAUCAAAACCGAUCCCAGAAAGUUUAAUAGAACUUUGUCACCCAGAAUUGAAGGCUGACAAAGGUGGCCAGCCACGUAUAGCAACGAAUAAUACUACUGACGUUAGCCGUAACAUAGUUAUUGCUAACAUGCCCGGAUGUGACAUCUCUGCCACAGAAGAAAGUUACCUUGUUGAUAUAGUCAUGCAAGACUUUGAGGAAACUGUGGCGUUACGUAGAACUGUAGGGACGGAUGCAGAAGAAAAACCUAUUGAAGCUAAAGAUGACACUGGAAGUAUAAACAAUGAUUUCGAUGAAACAUUGUGUCCCAAACAUGAAGUGAGCACGGAGAAUGUACAGUCACAAACUAUUUUUCUUAACGACAUAAACGAACCCAGUACGUCAAAGGGAAUUCGUCACAAUAUUAGCACUGACGUACAGUGUGGACCUGAUACUUUCGCAACUUACCCAAUGCUAUCCGCAUCUACAUCCUUAGUCAAGAUACCGCCCGUAUUUACCGCGGGCUUCAAAAUUCGAGAAGUUAGUGCUGACACUAUAACGAAAGGGACAGAUUUUGGUACAUCUACCCAAGAUACCAACACCACAACUAUAACACCAAGAUUGAGAUCGGUUGGAAUUAAAAUAAAGGAUUCUGAUGUUAAUUUGCAUGCUAAAAUUGAAUCUUGUACCAUGACCGUACAAGAUUUUAUUCUUCAAACGUCUGAAACGUUUAGUCACUCUCCAAGACGCAGUUUGGACAGAAACAGCAUAAUAUCGUCUCCUGAAACAAGAAUGUUGAAAGCCAUAUCGAGUAACCUGAAAACUGAGGAUUCUGGAUCAGAAUUUUGCGAACCAAGCAUCGCGAGUUCAUCAAAAACUCGUACAUUUUUUGUAAAUACGUCUAUAAAUGCAAGUCGAGUUAUGAUUAAGUCUCCUGUGAGCAAAGAUGUCAUAAUAGAGGCGAGUUCUAGCAAAAAUCUACGUCCUAGACUAUGUUGUGGAGGUGUCCAUGUCCACAGCUUUAGAGAUAAAGAAUCUUCUGAAGAUGUUGUUUAUCAAGGACAGUGGCAGCGCCAUAAGCCUAAGGCGAAUACACGAAAAAAGUCAUGCAAUUUUACAUCUUUAAGAAAAGCCAAUGAAGCUGCCGCAAAGAAAAACAGAGAGAUUUCAAAGGUGAAAAAAGUAAGUUCCAAGGAAAAGGUUGUUAGGAGAAGACAAGACAAAAAACAGAUCGAUGCAGAAAUAAAGAAACCCAUUCAAGUGAGAAAUAAAGAACCUAAUAAAUUAAAAAAAGAUGAACAUAGCCAAACCAAAAAGCCUUCUGUUACUAGUACAUUAUCAAGCACAGUUAAAAAGAUUCCUAAGCCAGUAAAGACUGUUAAGGUUGCAUCUAAAUUAGGAAUGAGUGUUAUCUCAAAGAACACAAAAUCGACGUUUACAGUCAAGAAACCAACUAUAUUGUCAAAUGCAGCUAUUAAAAAAGACAAUGAUAAACCUCAGAAAUUAAAGAAAAGUUACAUACCCUUAUACUUACGCUUACGAAGAGCUGCACUGUUAUCAGACAGCGACAAAGAGAACCUUAAUCAAAAUAUAGAUUCUGCAUGUGAAUCCCCCUCGGACAAGGAAAAUCGUGAAAAAGGGGUGAACAAAGUGCCUACUAAGAGAUUGAUUACAAAUGACAUCAAAAAGGAUUUACUCAAAUUUAGCAACGAAGUACGAGAGAAUGUUAGUUACUUUGUUUUUCGCAACGAAUUAGAAAACAAUGUAGAAUCACCAGAAGAUCUAUCAAGUGAGAGUACUGUAGAUCCCAGUAAAAGUACUCCUAGGCCUUUGGAAACUGCGAAACGUUCCAAUAGUCCUCAGUCUAUGAAUAGUUCCACUUGUUCAUCUCCAAACAGUAUAGCUACUGUUAGGGCAGCCACCACACGGAGUAAGAAUAUGUCCCACAGGAGACAUUCUGCAUCAUCUUACAAAAGUAAUUUAACUACAAAUAGUGAUUCAGAUAGUGCACCAACAAUGAAAAAGGUUAUCAAAAGGUGCAAAAGUGCCAAAAAGACUGAGGCUAAAGAAAACGUUCCAGAAUCAACACAAAACACAAACAAGUUAGCUUUUAACAAUAGGCACAAAAAUGUUUAUAUAGCACAAAUUAAAACUGAAGGGUCUCCACCGCCCAACACUUUGUCGCGACAUAAGACACAAAUAGCGAAUAAAUCAAAUAUCAAAAUAGCUGCACCGAAAGACAGCGACGAAAAACGACGCACAAAUGACCCUACAGUGUCAAAGAAAAAGUCAGUAAAUACUGAUACGUCUUCGGCAUAUGAAGAUUUUAUUACAAGUCAAUCAGAUUCUUUCGAGAGUUCAGAUUCCGCGAAUAUGGUUCUUGUGUUGGAACCACAAGUAAAUUAUGAUAAUAUUAUGGAUAAGCAAAAUAUUUCAUAUGUUCGAAACGAACGAUCUGCGGAAUGUGAGUUAGAUCCUACCAGUCAUUUAGUACCAGAAUGGGUACAAAAUUCGAGUUUACAUAGCCACGCAAGCAACAUUCGUGACUCUGUAAGACGGAUAUUGGAAGAGACACUAGAUUUAAUUAUUAGCCCAGAUGACCAUAAUGUCCAUCAUUUAGAUUCUAAAACGGUCAUUGAAAAUAGAGAACAAAAUCGUGAGGCUCGUGAAGACAGAGAAGACCCGUCAGAUGUCAAAUUAGCCGCUGAACCUAUCGAAACAACACAAUUUUUAGAGAAUGAUACAGAGAUUGCUUUGAAGAGAACCUUCGACGCUGUUCCUGGUGUUGACUCUGAGACGGUCAGCUUAAGCUUAAAUGAUACAAGGUUAACAGUUGCUGAUUUGGAUAUGCUAUCAUUUGAUUCGAUCACAUCAGUUUCAAAAUACUCUGAAUAUUUUUCGGCUGAUAACGAAACCAACUUGUCUUUAGAGACGGAACUGGCACCGACCAUAUUAUCGCAAAAUACGACUUCUGUGCGGGACAUAUUUGAACGGAAAGAACCAAACAUGAUUCAGAAUACGCCGGGUGCACUAGCAGUGCAAGCAUUCAGUGGAUUUUCCCUCGACGUCGAGCCCGUAGCUGGCGACCAACCUGAUCCAGUCGCAGUUAUAGACUCGGAAACAGGCAGUCCAGCGUUAGAGUUUGCUAGACAAGCUACGUCAGAAGAAUUAUUUAUAUCGGGUAGAUCAUCAGACAGUUACGAGUCAGGUCUAAUAGAUGAUGAUACUGUAGUUCCGAAUUGGUUGUUUCAACUUAUCAGUCAGCAACAGUCUGUGGAAGAUGAUCGGCAGCCAAACCUUCUUGGUCCUGCGGGCGCACCACCCAACGAACCGAUGUAUGACGCGAAUGGAAACGUCAUUGAGCCCUCCAUGAUUGGCGUCGGUGCUGGCGCAGGUGACGGACGAGGCAUGCACAGUGACCACUCGCAAGAUAGCUCGGGGAGAGGCACGUCACUUAGUUCCAGUGACACCUCAUCAGGACCGCAGAGUGAAGUCAGCACCAUUUUAAUUGACCCAGCAUUUACAACUCCGUUCGAUCUCCUACGGGAUCCUAUGUCCAGUUCUGCGGUGUUGUCGACUGAGCCUCACUCAUCUGAUCGGACUUACAGAAUAGACAGUGACCUUCGCGAUGACAGAACGAGAAUUCUAAACGGAGCGAGUGAUGUUGACGCCGAUGUGAGCUCCAUUGAUACGGAUGUACCUGAUCUAUCUGAUAACUGAACAUUAUCUUACAUUGUUUGAAGUCAUGGCAUUCUGUACAAACGAAUAAAAAUACCUUCACAAGUAUUUAUUGUACUGUGUUAUUAUGAUGGGGGAUAUGUACAAUUUUAGGACAAUUUCUAAAUUAGAAGUCGUAUGUUUUGGGUCAUUUAAGUAACCUUCAAAUGGGUUCAUUGUUUAAGAAAACCUUUGUAUCUGUUUGUACAGCUUUGCCCGACUUCCAGUGUGCAUGAUAUAUGAUUUUUCGAGUUUGCUAAGGGUGGAUUUUGUGAUACCGGGCGAAAUUUCAGAUUUUUUAGGAAAAUGAUGUUGUAGUCGGCGCCUCGGCGCGUUGUAGAUAUUGGUGUUC